AUGGCGUCGACGCCGCAGCACGCGAACCAGUUUAUACCUGCAGAUGAUUCGGACUCGGACUUGAACGACGAGGACAUCCCCGGCUUCGGCACGUCCGCACCUACGACACCUUUGGUCUCUCACCAGGACAAGGGAAAAGCUCGAGCAACAGAACAGCUUGCAUCUCCGACGCCGCAGCUGUCUGGUAAUAUUGGCGGGUCAGGAAACGGUGCGACGAGUGGAGGACCGACAGGCAAUGCAAGGCGGCAGGCCAUUGGUGGAGUUAGGGUAGAGACGCGGUCCGGUGGGAUUGACACGCUCGACGAGCCAAUAACUACCACACUCGGAAGGGACUUGAUCUCGAUAUACAACAAGCUCAUUCAAGUACUGUACCCCCUUCGAAAGGGCGAAGCGCGCGAAGUACUAAAAGAUUGGGAUCUAUGGGGCCCACUCAUCCUCUGUCUGGCCCUCGCAAUAAUGCUCUCCGUAAACGCACCCCCAGCCCAAUCCCUCUCGACUUUCACCACCGUAGUCGUGAUAGUUUGCGUCGGUUCCCUCGUCGUGACAGUUCAAACCAAACUUCUCGGCGGCCGCCUCUCCUUCUUCCAAGGCUUAUGCGUACUGGGAUACUGCAUCGCGCCUUUGGAUGUCGCCGCGCUCAUCUCAUGUUUCGUCCGUAUCAUAUAUGUCAGGGCGCCGAUUGCGUUGGCUGCGUGGGGGUGGGCUAUGUGGGCGGCUGUGAACUUCUUGGACGGAACGCAUAUUGAGCAGGAUAGGAUCGUAUUGGCUGUAUACCCCAUCUCGUUGUUCUACUUUAUUCUCGCGUGGAUGAUCUUGAUCCAGUGA